CCGCCUGCCACAUUAACUGCCGGCCCCACCUUUCUUCCUGCCCCAGUAACCAGUGGUCCCCGGGCUUACCGGUCCCGAGGCCGAAAUCUUUCGGAGGCUGCCCUCUCUCCGCGCGUCGUGUGUUCCGUUGCCCCAGGGCACGAACUGAGCCCGCGCCCUCUUCCCUGCAGAAUUUCCUACGACCCUGCCAGGUACCCCAAGUACCUGCCCGAGGCCUACUGCCUGUGCAGGGGCUGCCUGACCGGGCUCUUCGGGGAGGAGGACCUACGAUUCCGGAGCGCCCCGGUGUACAUGCCCACCGUCAUCCUGCGGCGGACCUCGGCCUGCGCCGGCGGCCGCUGGGUGUACACCGAGGAGUACGUCACCGUGCCCGUGGGCUGCACCUGCGUCCCCGAGCAGGAGAAGGAGGCCGACGCCGUCAACUCCAGCAUGGACAAGCAGGGCGCCAGGCUUCUGCUCGGCCCCGGCGACAAGCCGGGCCGGCCCUGAGGCCCUUGCUGCCCAAGGCCCGCGUCCCCGGAGCCGCGUCGUGGGCGAGAAAGCGAGGACGCAGCGAGCAAGCGGGACACCGGGGCGCGCCUGCGCGGGACGGGCCCUCGGCCCGGCCGGCCGCCCUCCCACCCCCGCUUUCCUUCCGGCUGCCGGAAGUCACCCGGGACGCGACGUCAGGCCGGCGGCGGCGGCGGCGGCGGCGUGCGGCCGGGACCUGCCCAAGGUGGCUGGAGGCCGGGAGGGGAAACCGUGCGUCGGCGGCCCCCUCGGGCUCCGAGCCUUCCCCGCAGCGCCGCGCACCGUCAGGGCCUCCAGGGGGAGGGGUGACCCUCCGGAGCCAGGUGGCAGGUGGUGCUUCCGGAAGGCAACUGCUUUAAAAAGGUGGGAUACAUACCUCCCUUUUUAUUCCACUGCUUUCAACGGAGGAAAAGCUAUUUUUAUAGAAGGGGUUUUGAGCAAUUCUAUUAAGGACUUUUUACGUCACGUGCAUUUUCUAACCAUUUCGUUUUCACUUGCUCUGGCAAGAUUUUUUCAGAAGCACGAUUGGAAUCUUCGGAUAAACUCUUUGGCUGGCGCGGUGGCCGUCCCCGGAUUCGGCCAGGCCCCAGUCGCUGACCACACCAGAGCGGACGGGGCUAAAUGUGACCCGCUUCCGCUGAAGGUCUCGCAGGCUGCCGCGCGGAGGACAGGGAAGCCCCGGGCUCCGCUCGCCGCCCCCAGGCCAGGGGUUCCAGGGAUGUCACACUUGGUUCGUUCAGGAGCAUACAUGUGGCCGCAGAUUCAUACCGCUGAACAUUUGUUUUCGCUUUGAAAGCAAGUGGGGCCGAGUAAGAGGUGGAGGGAUGAGGCGACAGGUAGAAUGUGGUAUCUCUGCCACGUGUCAAGAAUCCAAGUCUCAGUUUCAGGGCCUCAGGAACUAGCGAAUGGGAGAAGCCGGCCAACUUACGAUUCCCAGAAGUCAGUAUUGGGGGCCUCUUUUUCACACCCUGCGACGUGAGCUGAACCCAUAGUCUCUUCUGUAGGUUGAACACCAUUAUUUGUAAAAGCGAGAAUUUCUUUUUAAAUCAUUAAAGCAACGGUGGAUGAAGGGUA